AUGCCUAAUUCGUCAGGAGUAUUUGUGAACGGAAAGUUCUGCAAGGACCCAAAACUUGCAUCAGCAGAUGAUUUUUUCUCUGACAAGCUCCAGUACCCCCGAAACACAUCGACUCCGGUUGGUUCAAUUGUUACGGCGGCAAACGUAGACGAUAUACCCGGACUCAACACUCUCGGCAUAUCCUUUGCUCGCGUAGACUUUGCACCAAAUGGCCUCAAUCCUCCUCACACUCACCCUCGUGCCACGGAGAUACUCAUCGUCUUGGAAGGCUCUCUCGUCGGAUUCGUCACAUCCAAUGGCGACGGCAAUCGGCUGUUCACCAAAGUGUUGUACAAGGGCGAUGUGUUUGUGUUCCCAGUCGGUCUCAUUCACUUCCAACUCAAUGUCGGAAAAACCAACGCUUUGGCCAUCGCGGGUCUCAGCUGCCAGAACCCGGGAGUGAUCACCACUGCGAAUGCAGUCUUCGGAUCCAACCCUCCCAUCAACCCUUAUCUCUAA